AUGGCGAACGCAGCCCCUGCUCCGACCCAGCUUCCCCACUUCCUCGACCUGGAGAUCUUACAGGAGCUGCGAGACGAAGAGACAGACAAGGAUCCGCAGCGAAAGCGGAGGCACCUGGAGUCCGAAAAGUGCGCGCGGGACCUGCGCGAGUUCCUCCAGGCCCACCAGUUCUCAGAGGAUGUCACGGAACCCAGGAUACGCUCUUCCUGCUGGAGCUUCUUCAGGCCAGAGCGGACCUUCCCCCUUCACGUGGCUGCUGGUCUGGGCGAUCCGCAGCUUGUCCAGGUUCUGUUGAAGAACCGCGCGAACCCGCAGGCCACCGAUUCGGCAGGGAAGACCGCGUUGGAUGUGGCUCUCAAGUCAGACAGGCACGGUUCGCAUCGGCUGGUCAUCGAUCAGUUGGAAGCCCCUGUCAUGAGCCUUAGGGAAGCGAUUGGAGUUAUGAUGCCAGGGCAAUUUGAGCCUUUGCCAUUAUGA